GUUGCUAGGCGAAGGGUGAAGGGUGGGAGGGAGGCAGAGUUGAGUCGGGCAGCAGCGGACAGGCCAGGGGAGCGCCUGGCGGCCAGUUGGGCUGUGGUCCAGGGAGUGUCCAGUGGAGUGGACCCAGGAAAGCAUGGCCGUCCGGAAGGAGGAUGCCAAGGUGAGAGCAUUCCACGUAGUCACCCCACUGCUGGAGAGCACAGCUCUGACCCAGGCGGCCGGAGCCCGGGUCCUCCUCAAGUUGGAGAAUGUCCAGCCCUCGGGCUCCUUCAAGAUCCGGGGCAUCGGCUACUUCUGCCAGGAGAUGGCCCAGAAAGGAUGCAAACACUUGGUCUGCUCCUCAGGGGGCAAUGCAGGAUUGGCUGCCGCCUACGCGGCCAGGAAACUGGGUGUCCCGGCUACCAUCGUGCUGCCCAGGACGUCCUCGCCCCAAGUGGUGGAGCGCCUCAGAGAUGAGGGAGCCCACGUGGAGCUGAUUGGGAAGGUUUGGGAUGACGCCAGCCUGAAGGCCCAGGAGCUGGCCAAGAGGGAGGGCUGGGUCAACGUUCAUCCAUUUGACCACCCUCUGAUCUGGCAAGGCCACGCCAGCCUCGUCCGGGAGCUGAAGGCCGCCCUGGACCCCCACAAACCAGGGAGCAUCAUCCUUUCGGUCGGGGGAGGGGGCCUCUUGGCUGGCGUGGUGGCGGGGAUGAAGGAAGUGGGCUGGUUGGAUGUGCCCAUCCUCGCCAUGGAGACCAAGGGGGCACACUGCUUCAACGCCGCCCUCCUGGCGGGGGAACCGAUCCCACUUCCAGAUAUCACCAGUGUGGCAAAGUGCCUGGGGGCUAAGACGGUGGCAGCCAGGGCCUUGGAGUGUACCCGGGAGUGCCACAUCAUCUCAGAAGUGGUGGAUGAUCGGGAUGCUGUGGAAGCCGUGGAACGCUUCUUGGAGGAUGAGAGGAUGCUGGUAGAGCCGGCCUGUGGGGCCGCGCUGGCUGCCAUCUACUCGGGCUUGGUCCGACGGCUUCAGGAGGAAGGACGCCUUGGUUCCACCCCCGGCGUUGUGGUGGUCAUUGUGUGUGGGGGAAGCGGCAUCAACAUGGCCGAUCUCCAGGCCAUGAAAGCCCAGCUGGGCAUGGGCUGAGCACCCCUUUGGCCAGGUGGGCCAGUCAGGGGCCGGUCAGGGGCUGGUGGGUCUGGGGAGGCCAGGGAGGUCUGUGGCUGAGUCUCCCACCCCCAACCUUGGGAAAUAAAGGUGAGUCCAUGCAGCCGGGCUCAGUCUGGUCCAAA